UCCCCUCCAACGCCCACAAAUACAAAAGGAAUCUUGUUCUCCGGCAACAGAUCAUCAGAUCCUCUUCUGCCCCCAUGUUUUGAGGUGUCUUGAUAGAGAUUGGAUUGGUUUCUGAAACUUGUACAAGGAAUCAAGGAUAGUUGAAUAGGUUAUUGAGGUUCUCAAUUGGUACAAGUGGAGUUGAAGUGUGAAUGGGGAUUCAGACAAUGAAUUCUCAUGUGAGUGGCGGUGGGCAGCAAUCUCAUGUUCAGCAUCCGCUGCAACGCUGCAACUCGUGGUUAGGCCUAACGCUAGGCGAAGUGGAGAGGCACUUGCUAGGUAAUUUGGCCAAGCCAUUAGGAAGCAUGAACCUCGACGAGUUGCUCAAGAAAGUGUGGACCACUGACACUAGCCACUCGUCGGGAAUGGAGAGCAUCGAAACAUCCCCUGCAGCAUCACUGCAGCGCCAAGCUAGUUGGUCGCUUGCUAGGGCUUUUACCGGGAAGACAGUGAAUGAGGUGUGGAGGGAUAUACAGCGAGGGUAUAAGACGAGAAAUGCGGAGGGCUUGAGUAGCCAGGAAAGAGCUCUGACCCUUGGUGAGACAAGUUUGGAGGAUUUCUUGGUGAAAGCAGGGAUGUAUGUGUCCAAUGCCUCCACUGUUUCUGUUGAACCCAUGAUGUCCUUGGAUAGUGCACUCAAGUCCCAUAAAUUCUCGUCUCAGACGGGGUCGUUGUCUCCUUCGCCUUCAAUGGAUGAGUUGUCAGAUACGCCAUUGCCUGGCCGGAAGAGGAUGCCUGGGGAUCUUGAUAAGGCCAUUGAGAGGAGGCUAAGACGAAAAAUUAAGAACAGGGAGUCUGCUGCACGCUCACGUGAAAGGAAACAGGCCUACCACAAUGAGUUGGUGACCAAGGUCUCGCAACUUGAAGAGGAAAAUUCCAAGCUUAAGAAGGAAAAGGAAUUCGAACAGAUUACUUGUUAUGAACCCAACACCGUAAGGUACCAGCUGCGAAGAACUUCCUCGUCCUAAUACUAUGUGGACAAUGUUUUUGCAGUACAAGGUUGAAUUGGCAUGCAUUGCACUACUACUUUGUUAAUGCAGUAUGUAAAAAUGUAACUCUUGUUUUAGGACAUAAAGGCAUAGAUGCUCGUUGUUGCAAAGAAAUUACCAUGACAACACGUCAACACCACCCAAACGUAUAGUUGUUUUUUUAAAUCUGUUAGGGUGUGUUCGAGACUAUAGAAUUAAGGACUUGGAUUUGAAAAUGGAGCAUCCACUUCCAUGUAUAAUGUUUAGUACAGCAAAAAUGUUUGUAUUUGGAAUUAAGUUACAAUUAUCAUUUUAGUACCACAAAAAUGUUUGUAUUU